ACGAAGCAAGCGCACACGAAGGCAGUGACGGGAAUCGCAUUUUUCAAAGACGGUCGACGAAUCGUCACUGCUUCAAGGGAUAAAACCCUGCGAAUCUGGGAUGUGGAGAAAAGAGCAUUCAUAGGAAGGUCAUUUGAGGGACACAUACAUUAUGUGACUUCAGUCGCUAUAUCACCAGACGAUAUGCGAAUUGCGAGCGGUGGAGAUGAUGAUACCAUUAUCAUCUGGGACGUCGCUAGCAAGCAGAUGGUAUUAAGGCCGCUGGUGAAACAUGCAGACCAGGUGUCCUCUGUGUGCUUCUCCCCGAUGGAACGAGACUUGCCAGCGGGUCAUGGGAUCAAACAGAAAAUCUACGGAACAUUGCGUAAUAUCCGGAUUUGGAGCACCGAUGACGUCACAUUUCUACUCAACAUCAACGCUCAUGGCGAUUGGGUUGAAAGUGUUGUGUGGUCGUUCGAUGGCCAGCAACUUGUCUCCGCAUCCGGCGACAGAACAAUCAAGUUUUGGAACUCCUCGAAUGGGUUCCAGAUUGGUCUACCUUGUAUUGGUCACAUUUCCUACAUUAGGUCACUUGCCAUUUCUUCUGAUGGCUCCUUCAUUGCCACUACCUCACGCGAUAAGACCGUGCGCCUGUGGGACACACAGUCACACCAGCAGAUUGGACAGGCACCUGAACACACCGCAUAUCUUGAUUGCGUUGCAAUUUCUCUCAAUGGAGAACUGAUCGCAAGUGGAGACUCUGAUGGGAAGCUUCAGCUGUGG